AUGGAGCCACUCCAGAAGUCUCUAGAUAUAACCAGAGAGGACAACAGGAAACUGGCCUUGAGCCUAGAGCAAGCUCUCCAGACAAAUGGCCAUCUGCAGUCUAAGCUAGAUCACAUCCAAGAAAAACUGGAAAACAAAGAAGUUGAGCGGCAGAAUUUAGAAGCCUUCAAAGCUCGGGUGGCUGAGGAGUCGAAAGUAGAAGCAGAACUGCAUGCAGAGCGCAUUGAAGCGCUGAGAAAGCAGUUUCAGACUGAGAGAGAGACUUCGAAGAAAGCCGCACAGAGGGAAGUUUCUGAGCUGAAGAAAGCUCUUGACGAAGCCAACAUCAGAUCAGUGGAAGUGUCCCGGACAAACCGAGAGCUACGACAGAAACUUAUGGAGCUAGAAAAAGUAGUGAACAGUAACAAGGAGAAACUAAAGAAUCAAAAGGCCCAAAUAAAGCUGCACUUGUCAGCCAAGGCAAAUAAUGUGCAGAAUUUGGAGAGGAUGAAGCAAAUAGAAACAGAAUUGAGGCAGAUGGAGAUAAUUAAGGAUCAAUAUCAGAAAAAGAACUACGAACAGUCAUUGAGUAUCCAGAGAUUUGUAUCUGAAAUGAAUAACCUGCAGAAAGAGAUGGAGCUGUUAGCCAAGAGCCAAUAUGAAACCUCUGCACGGAAUAAACAGCAGGAGCUGAGACUAAUAGCUGAGCGGAAAAUGAGACAGGAGCUAGAAAAUCGGUGUGCGGAAUUUGAAGAAACUAUCAGACACCUGAAGAGGUGUAAAGAAGCAACAGAGAAUAAACUAAAAGAAGCCAGUGUGGAGUCAGAGCAGAUAACAGCUAAUCUGGAAGAAGCUCACCGAUGGUUUAAAUGCAGGUUCGAUGGCCUACAACUUGAGCUGACAAAAAACCGGUUGCAGAGGCUUCCCCGGGAAGACAGGUGGCCAGAAGAG